AUGGAGGAUUACAUCGAUCUGUCCCGUGAUGGAGGCGUGCAGAAGCGUAUCCUGCAGGAAGGUACCGGCGACGAGACGCCAUCGAAAGGAUGUUCCGUAUCACUGCAUUACACCGGCACACUGGACGCAGAUGGGAAGAAGUUCGAUUCAAGCCGGGACAGAAAUGAACCGUUCCAGUUCAACCUUGGGACCGGUUCGGUCAUCAAAGCUUUCGACAUUGGCGUUGCAUCGAUGAAACUGGGCGAAAAGUGCAUCCUGCGCUGUGCACCCAAGUAUGCGUACGGCAGUUCUGGUAGCCCACCGAACAUCCCGCCGAAUGCGACGCUUAACUUUGAGCUGGAAAUAUUGGGCUGGAAGGGUGCAGAUCUUAGCCCCAAAUCGGACGGUGGCAUACAGCGGUUCAUCGUCCGGUCGGGCACGAGCCGCGAUCACCCGAAGGGAGGCGAUUUGGUAAAGAUUCAUCUGGUCGGUCGUCACGAGGGCCGUGUGUUCGAGGAACGGGACGUAGAGUUCUGUUUGGACGAGGGUAAAGAAUUCGGUGUGGUGUCGGGCGUCGAGGUGGCACUGGAGAGUUUCAACAAAGGUGAAAUGAGCAGAUUGGUGCUGAAACCGGCUUACGCAUUUGGAGCAGAAGGAAACAGUGAGCUCGGUGUGCCACCGAACGCAACAGUCGAGUAUACGGUCUCAUUGAACGACGUCGAAGCGGUCGUCGAUCGGUCAAUGAUGUCGCGCGAUGAAAUGAUAGCCCAGGCACAGCUACUGCGCGAGAAAGCCACCAAGUACCUGAAGGAGGACAAACACGAGCUGGCACUGAAAUUGUACGACAGUGCACUAACAUACCUCAUUCAUCAAUCGAAGGAGACGGAUGCGAUUAAAUUGGCCAUCUUUUUGAAUAAGGUUUUGUGCUACCAAAAGAUGCAGAACCACGACGAAGCGAAGCUUGCGUGCGUCGAGGCAUUAAAAAUAGACAACAGAAACGUUAAAGCACUGUACAGGCAAGGCAUGUCGAAUUUGGCACUGGAAGACUUAGAUAGAGCCUUGAGAGAUUUCUCUGCUGUUUUAGAAAUUGAGCCGGAAAACAAAGCCGCACGUAAUCAGGUAUCGAUGUGUAAGCAUAAAAUUAAAGCCUACAACGAUCAGCAGAAGAAGGUGUUUGCAAACAUGUUUACCAAGUUUGCACAGAGUGACUCCAAGAAAGCACAGGAGGAACAGAGCCGCCAGCCGGAUGUGAUGAAGCAAAAGUUUGGCGAGUGGGGUGACGACGAACGUGAACACGAACCGACACGGUUCGAGCAGGAAAACCCGGACGUUAUCAUGCUGAAUGAUUUGCAUAAGCAGUUCCGCAACAUGUGA